AAAACACGUGUAACAAUAAAUUGUCAAACGAUUCUGGGAGAUCAAAUUGAAACCAUAGUCGUCCACCCACACUUUGUUUUUCACAGUUCUGUUUAGUUAUUAUAGCGAUAAGAUACAAAUUAUCUCACUAUUCACUACUUUACAGCAUUAGCUUUAUGUUUGUUUAAUUUACUAAAUUUAUCUACGAAUAUUUUGUCAAUAAUAAUUGCUUUUCGGCUUGCAGCGUUCUCAGCGCUGAGUGCUAACUCUCCUUGAGCAUGGCUGAACCUAACCUAGUAAAUGUUUUGUCUCACUGUCUUACAAAACGAAAUGGGUGCAGACGGUAUUGUUUUCUUAGAGUGCUAUACACAUUAGAGGUAUAAUUGAUUACUAAUAUUAAAUCAAGACAUAGCUAGACAAAGUAGUACACACGGGUUACUUUUGAAGUUUUCAUUUGUUUUGAUUUAAAAACUACAAAUUUCGUACUUGACUUUAGAUACGAUUCUCUACAUAAAAUCUUUGUUAUUGAAUCUUGUUCGUUUGGUACGGAAAACUAACCUUCGAUUGAAUUAGAAAUAGAAUUAUAUCUUAUACUAGAAAGGUAGAAAAUUAUGGAGCACUUCAGCAUUGUCAGAUUUAACAAAACAUUAUAGACAAUAUAAAUUCAAAAAAUAGAAAAAUGAUUCAUACAAGGAAUGCAUUUGAAAAUACGUGACAUCUACUUGUUCAACCUUCACUCUGAAUUAAGUGAUAAACUAGCUGCCAAAACACAAGGUUGCAGAUUUUAGUAUAAAUCAUGUUGGUUGUAGCUAAUUUAGAUUUCAUACAUAAGUAUGUGAAUGACCUAGUGAAUGAUGUUGUCUCCUGGUGGUGGCAAUAUCUUACAGAAAUAUCAUGGCAACUUUUAAUUACCAUAACUGCAUAUUUAUGUGUAUGCAUCUUUCUUUAUACUCUGUUGAAACAAGUAGAUCACAAAGUAUGGCAAUUGCCUGGUCCCCCAUCCAGGCUACUAUUGGUGAUAGCUCAUCCAGAUGAUGAGGUCAUGUUUUUUGGACCAAUAAUAUAUUGGUUAACUCAGUAUGAUGCUAGUCAAGUUUAUUUACUGUGUUUUUCCAUGGGUGGCAAUAAACGGAGAAAAGAAGAGCUUUGGGCAUGUGCAAAACGACUUGGUAUUCCAGAAGCUAAUAUUACUAUCAUGAUGUAUACAGAAUUACCGGAUGAUCCAAAAGUGCAAUGGCCAGAAGAUGUGGUAGCAGAAAGUAUUCUGCAUUAUAUUCAAAGUUAUAAAAUAGAUGCUGUAGUUACUUUUGAUAAACAUGGUGUAAGUAAACACAGGAACCACAUUUCUCUUUACUAUGCAAUCGCUUCUCUGUGUAUAGAGAAAAAAGUACCUCAUUAUUGUAAAUUGUAUACUCUUGAAACUGUAAAUAUUUUCCGAAAGUACACACAACUAUUAGAUUUGCCUAUAAGUGUACUUUCAGCUCCGUAUUGGUAUAUUAUUACAUAUAAACAAAGGCAUUAUAUCAGUAAUGCUAUGAAAGAACACAAAUCUCAGUAUGUGUGGUUCAGAAAGUUGUAUAUGAUAUUUUCUCGUUAUACUCUAAUCAAUACCCUCCAAGAAGUCAAUAUUCUUGAUCUUGAAUUAGAUCUUCAAUUUGAUGAUGACGAUGACUGAAGAUGUAUAAUAUGUACAGACCAAUAUUUGUGACUCAAAUGUAAAUACUAAAAAAGUUUAUUUGUUUACCAAAGUGAUAAGUGAAAUAAAGAAAGC